AUGGGUUCCGCCCCGGCAAUCAAUAAAUAUAAUUAUAUAUUAUUACAAUUAUUUGUAAAACGUAUAUGUUUGCAGGACUUCCAAAGUUCAAUCAUGACCAUCAACGCCUGGGUAUCGAUGACUUGGCAAGAUGAAAAACUUCURUGGAAUGUAUCAGAUUAUGGAGGCACAAAAGUUGUAAACAUGGCUUAUGAUGAAAUAUGGAUGCCCGAUAUUGUGGCCUACAACAGUGCUGACGGACAUCAGGACGAGACUUAUGGGAAGAUUAACUGCGUUGUCCGUUCGGAUGGCAUGGUCCAUUGGAUACCACCAGCCAAGUUCCGAGUUUUUUGCGACGUAGACUUGACCAAUUGGCCGUUCGGAGAGCACACCUGUUCGUUGAGACUCGGCUCAUGGACUUACGAUGGCAAUUCCGUUAGCAUGCAAAUCAAUCAGAAAAUAAAAACUGCCGACAUGAUAAACUUGGAAGAAGGUUGUAAAUGGGAUAUCACAAAGGUGACGCAAAGACGAAGGGUCGAGAGCUACUCUUGCAAUUCCAACGACAUAUACGAGGACAUACACUACAGCAUCACAGUGAAGAGGAAAAUACCAGCGUACCACAGCAUAGUCGUCAUACCAGCUUUAGUCGUCGUGCUCCUGACACUAUCCGUUUUUUGGCUGCCUCCGGAGUCGACAGAGAAAUUCAUGUUGAGCGGCGUCACGCUGGUCAUAGUGUGCAUACUGCUGAUGAUGAUUUCCAGCAAUGUGCCCAUCAUGUGCGAUCGUAUUCCGUUAAUCGUAAUGUUCUAUUCAAACUCACUGGGAAUGGUCACCCUAUCGAUGGUGAUGUUUUUUUGA